AUGGACAACACUAUCUGCGAAAUUGUUCUUUCUCUUCAUGGUGGAUUCAAAAUUAAUGUUAAUGGUUACCUUAUGGUUAAAGACAAAAAUCGUGAUAAUAAAUUUUACUGGUGUUGUGAGAAACGUAGUGCCCUAAAAUGCAAUGGUCGAGCAACUACUAUAUUGGAUAGGGAGCAACAUUAUCUUCAAGAUACUUCUGACCAUAACCAUGCUCCAGAAGCUAGUCGAUUUGGGGUUGUAAAGACCAUUAAUACAAUAAAAGGAAAUGCUAGAGAGGCUGAUGACCUACCCUCACAAAUUAUCCAAAGCACAAUUUCUAAUACUGCUAAUUCUCAAGAAUCUAUAGAGGAUAUUACUAUUCCUGAAAACAUGAAGCAAAAAGCAAGCAUGCGUAGAACAAAAAACCAGCAGAUUCCGGAUCCAAUUGCACCACAUUCUGAACGUUUAGUAUUAUACAUGAAUACACAUCCAAACACGCUGUUAGGAUAUGCAAAAUAUUAUGGUGGAUAUAGCAAUGCAAUUAGUGCUCGUAUGACAGAUAUUAACUCUAUUGGGUUUGUUAUGUUGGUGAAGACUGACAAUGAUAAAGAAUCAGAAGUUAAUAUUAGAUAUAAACAUCAAUUGGGGUCUUAUGACCAAGUUAGACCA